AUGAAGUCAUUUGAGCGCCUGUUUCUCUCCUAUCUCAAGACCCUCACGGCCCCCCUCCUGGACCCCCUCCAGUUUGCAUACAGAGCCAACAGGCCUGUAGACGAUGCUAUCAACAUGGCUCUGCACUUCGUCCUGCAGCAUCUGGACUCCCCAGGAACCUACGCCAGGAUCCUGCACGGGUCCGGUGGCCGCGGCGUGGCAGCUCUGGCGGCCUGCCAUGGGUCCGGUGGUGGCAACGGCGUUGCGUCUCCGGUGAGCCACAGUGUAGAAUGGCACAUAAUCCCUGAUGUGCUGGCCAUGCAGAACGUGGGCGUGGAGGGCGCGCUGGACAACAUGGAGGGCGCGCUGGACGUGGAGGUUCCUCCGGCACACCGACCUCCAGCUUUGGCGGAGCCGGUCGCUCCGGCACUUAAUUGUCUGGAAAUAAGUGAUUUACUUUUCUUCCCAGUGUCCGAGCUGAGGGUGGUUCUGCUGGGGAACAAAUGGUCAGAGAUGAGAGCAGUGGGGAACAUGAUACUGAGACAGAAGAAGUUCUGUACUGAAAAAGCACCAGACUGCUGUGUGGAAUUCAGUACAACCUUCAAGGAAAAACGAAUUGUUGUCAUUAACACCCCAGACCUGUUGCUUCCCAAUAUUUCUGAUGCCAAACUGAAGAAGCAUGUAGAAACCUGUGUGAGGCUCUCUGCUCCUGGACCUCACGUGUUCCUGUUGUUUCUACAGCCUGAAGACUUCACUGAGGAGCAAAAACAAAGGCUCUGCAAAGUCCUUGAAGAAUUCAGUGAUCAAUCAUUUGAUCAUUCAUUGGUUCUGAAAUCAACGCCCAGAGAGAAGAGCUCAGCUUUCAUGAAAGAAGAUCAACCCUUAAAGGACUUUAUCAGAAAAUGCAAAUACAGACAUUUGAAGCUGAAGAACCUUGAACGUGCAGAGCUGCUAACACGCUUGGUUCAAAUUGCAAAAGAGAACAAUGGACACCUGGUCUGUGAUGUAUUUGAGCAUUCAGCAACAGUUCUGACUUCUGAGCAGGAAAACCUCAAACAAGAAAAAACAUCAACCUUUCCAUUUGGUCCAACAAAGGAAAUUGCACCUGGACUCAAAAUUGUGAUAUUUGGAAAAAGUGAUGACAAAAAGAAAACGCUCUGCCAAUUCAUCAUGCAGAAAAAACACUUUACGUUCUUUAAAUUCAACCCGAACAAGCAAUGUGAGGUGGCUCGUGGAGAAUGGAAAAGAAAACCAGUAACAGUGGUGAAAACCCCAGACAUGUUUAGUAUGACUGUGAAAGCAAUUAUUGAAGAGAUGAGAAGCUGUGUGAGUCUUUCCCUUCCUGGACCAAACGUUUUGCUGCUGUUAGUGAAACCUUCUGAUUUCACUGAAGAGAACAGAAGAACUCUGAAGGUCAUCCUGAGUUUGUUUGAUCAAAAUGCCUUUAAACACUCGAUGGUCAUCAACACACAUGACAAUCAAACGAGUUCCUGUGUGAAUGAACUCCUCUGGGACUGUGGAGGAAGACUCUACAACAUGUUUGAGAAAGACCACAAACAGUUAAUGGCGAAGAUUGAAGACAUUGUGAAUGAAAAUAAAGGAAAAUCCCUCACACUCACUGAAGAAACCACACAACUGACGUCUGAACUCAUCAAGCCAGCUCUAAACCUGGUUCUGUGUGGGAGGAGAGGAGCAGAGAAGACUUCAGCAGCCAAGGCCAUUUUAGGUCAGACAGAGCUUCAUUCAGACUCUAACUCAUCAGAGUGUGUUAAACAUCAGGGAGAGGUGUGUGGACGUUGGGUUUCCCUGGUGGAGCUGCCAGCCUUGUAUGGAAAACCUCUGGAGGCAGUGAUGGAGGAAUCACUCAGGUGUAUCUCCCUCUGUGAUCCUGAGGGUGUCCAUGCCUUCAUCCUGGUCCUACCUGUGGCUCCCCUCACUGAUGAAGACAAGGGAGAGUUAGAGACCAUCCAGAACACAUUCAGCUCUCGAGUCAAUGACUUCACCAUGAUUCUGUUCACCGUGGACUCAGAUCCUACAGAUCCAACUGUUGUUAAAUUUCUAAAAGACAAGAAGGACAUCCAAGAGCUCUGUGAGAGCUGUGGAGGAGGAUCUGUUGUUCUCAACAUUAAUGACAAACAGCAGAUCCCACAGCUGGUCCAGGCUGUGGAAAAGGUGAGAGAUAAAGGACUCAAAUCCUUCACAAAAGACAUGUUCAUAUUAGCUCAGAUGGAGAGAGUGGUAGAACAGAAAAACAUUAACACAAGACUUAAAGCUGAAAUGCUGGAUUUAAGAAAAAAAAGGGCCAUGUGUGUUGAUGAUAGAAAUCAGAACAGGGAAUGUCUCAGGAUGGUUCUGAUUGGGAAGACUGGCAGUGGGAAGAGCGCAACUGGAAACACCAUUCUGGGGAAAGAAUGUUUUAAAUCUAAGUCCAGCGGGAAGUCUGUGACAAAGUUCUGUGAGAAAGCAGAAGGAGAGGUUGAUGGACGUCCUGUUGUUGUGGUUGACACCCCCGGUCUGUUUGACACGACUCUGUCCAAUGAUGAAGCUGAACAAGAGCUCGUUAAAUGCAUCACCAUGUUGGCUCCUGGACCUCAUGUGAUCUUACUGGUGCUAUCAAUCGGCCGGUUUACAAACGAAGAAAAAUAUACUGUUGAACUGAUCAAGAAAUGCUUUGGGAAAAAUUCACAACAUUUCAUCAUCGUUACAUUUACCAGGAAAGAUGAACUGAAAGGUCAAACAUUUGAGAGUUACAUAGAAGAAGAUUGUGAUGAAUUUGUACAAAAACUGAUUCAUGAUUGUGGAGACAGAUAUCAUGUCUUUAAUAAUAAAGAUCCAAACAAUCGGGCUCAGGUCAGUGAGCUUAUGUGUGACAUUGGCAUGGUGGAGGGUGUUAAGUAA